AAUUCGAAAUUUCGCUGGAUAAAGUAUGGACUCCUCGUAGUCAUGACGACUCGACGCGCAGACUCGCUGCUCGUUCGAAUGCGCAGGAGUCGCUACGCGCAGCCCCGCUGCUCAUGGAGGUUAUUCCCGAUGCUUAGUUCACGUCGGAACUCGGUGUCAAACUGUCCGAGCUUUCAAUGCCAGUUUGCAUAAUUUUCCUCCAUCAUCAGACCAGUUAAUACAUCUUAUAUUUGGAGCAUGGAUACCUGUCGUAUUCACUCUUUUUACCUCGCCGAUACGCUUGACGCCGUCGACUAACGCAAGUACAUCGUUGCUCGAUAAAUAAACAUUGUUUAUGCCAAUUAACAUCGAAAUUUUGCAACACCGCGGAGACGAAUAAAAACACAGCUGCUCGGCCAAUGCUGGCGGCGACUCGGAGCCAACAAGUUGCAUGGGAAGGAGCUUCCGUCGAUUGAACAAUUCCACGCCUUGCCGAAGACGCAUAAUGACAGGAGUGUAAUAUGGAGGACAGCGGGAUCGACAGCGACCCGAAAACCAACACGCGUCUCGAGGAGGAGAAUGUCUUCGCGGGAAGCGACAGCAGCUGUAGCAGCGGUAAAAAUCAGCCUCAGCCGACGAGGUCUAGCACCAAGCAGCUGCAGAAGAAACUAGAGGCGAGAAUAGAGCAGGCCAAGAGGAUACAGCGCAAUUCCGAGUACACCAAGCUGCCGGACAACGAGCCGGACAGCUGUGCCAGUAGCAACAACACGGCGUUGAUUCCGAUACAGCGACUGCCCAUACCGCAGAAGAGGAAAAAGCACAAUACUCUCAUCGAGUUCUGGCACAGCGACAGCGAGAGCGAGGACGAAAUGACGCUCUUCCCGACUGCGCGAGAGAAAAACGCGAAGCACAAGCAGGACCUCACCGACACGUUCAGCAUCGAGGAGUUGAGCGAGGGUAGCGAGGAUUCUCUCCAUCUCGGCGCGGCUCCGGAAAUCCACCCGCACACUCGGACCUACAUGCCCGCGGGAUGUUUCUCCUGUCACUGUCGCAUAAUCUAAGUCUAUACCGCGUAGUCAGUUGAACGUACUCGAGCCUUGGUCUUUUGUUCUCUCCGCGAAGAAGCGCAGGCGUGAGGUUUAUUGUAAAUAUAUAUUUUCUUAAAGUUUCGUCACGAGCUACAGAUGGAUUAUACAUGUACAAAGCACGAUAACGGAGGCGUGCGUGAUCGCGAAUAUACGCACAUAUGCGCAUACAGUUUAUAUUUGUUACAGUGGCCAAUGACUUUCUCGAAAUAGAUGUGCGAUUAUAUUAUUUUGUAACACGAACAUCCGAAUGAUGAAAUAUAUUAUGAUAUACAAGGAA